CUACGUCCAAUGCCAACUGAGAGAUCAGACCCUCCCAAACCCGAAGAAAAACCUCGCGCGUUUUUUCCUUUCCACCUCCCCUGUUUGCUUCCCCAGAAAAUGCAAGAAAAUAAAGACCCUGCCAUCACGCUCUUCGGCAAGAAAAUUCCCUUGCCUUCUGAGGGCGAGACUCCGGCCCUCGCUGGAGAAGACAUGUCGGCGACUGCUCGAGAGAAGGAAAGGUGUAGCGGAGUAGGAGAAGAAGAAGAAGAAGAAGAAGACUCAGAGAAGGAUUCACCAUCAACGAAAGACACUAAGAUGAUGAAACAAGACAAUGAUCCAGCGCUGAACACAGAAGAUCAGAUAAAUUCAGAAACAUUGCUGGAUGCUAGUGUGAAUCCUAAAACACCCUCUAUUGAGGAAGAAAAUGCAAUAGAAAAACCUGCCAAGACUGAGAAAGAUCAGAGUGAUACAAACAACUCUCAAGAGAAAACCUUGAAGAAGCCAGAUAAAAUUCUCCCAUGCCCUCGCUGCAAAAGCAUGGACACAAAAUUCUGUUACUAUAAUAAUUACAAUGUCAAUCAGCCUCGGCAUUUCUGCAAAGCAUGUCAAAGAUACUGGACUGCUGGUGGUACCAUGAGGAAUGUGCCAGUAGGAGCCGGACGCCGCAAGAACAAGAACUCUGCCUCACAUUAUCGUCAUAUCACCAUCUCAGAUGCUCUCCAAGCUGCUAGAAUUGAUGCUCCAAAUGGAGAUCACUACCCCACGCUGAAAAGCAAUGGUAGAGUCCUCAGCUUUGGCUUAGAUGCACCCAUCUGUGACUCCAUGGCUUCUGUUUUGAAUCUUGGGGAGAAGCAGGUGAUGGACUGUACCCGGAAUGGAUUUCAUAGUCUUGAGGAAUCAAGAACUCCAGUUCCUUGCAAAGGUAGAGAAAAUGGGGAUGAUUGCUCAAGCGGAUCUUCUGUUACCGUUUCAAAUUCAAUGGAGGAAGGAGGCAAACACCGCCCUUCAGAACCAUUUGUGCAAAGCAUUAAUGGUUUCCCUCCUCAAGUUCCAUGCCUCCCCGGUGUUCCUUGGCCUUAUCCAUGGAAUUCUGCAGUUCCCCCACCAGCUCUCUGCCCUCCUGGAUUUCCUAUGCCAUUCUAUCCAGCAGCUUAUUGGAACUGUGGUGUCCCUGGCACUUGGGGCAUCCCUUGGCUGUCUCCACAAUCUUCUCCUAAUCAGAAGUCUCCAAGCUCUGGACAAAAUUCUCCGACAUUGGGGAAGCACUCAAGAGAUAGUGACAUGCUUAAAUCAGACAACUCAGAGAAAGAGCCAUCAAAACGGAAAACCGGAUCUGUUUUGGUUCCUAAAAUUUUGAGGAUUGAUGACCCAAGUGAAGCUGCAAAGAGUUCUAUAUGGGCAACGCUUGGAAUCAAGAAUGAAUCUAACAUUGGGGGAGGAAUGUUCAAGGCCUUUAAAUCAAAGAGUGAUGAGAAGAACCACGUAGCUGAACUGUCUCCAGUGUUGCGGGCAAACCCCGCAGCCUUGUCUAGAUCCCUCAACUUUCAUGAGAUCUCAUGAAGUGGUAAUUUAUGACAUAAUGGUCAUUUAGGUUGAAAGUAUGAUGUUGGAUUCAACUCAGUUUCGACCGAGUUUGAAGUGCUAACGGUCACCCAGCAUAGGUCAAUUUGGUUCGCCAGCCUCUUGGUAACCAAUUGGCAAGCUAAUUUGGGACCAAGAACUGGAGAGGGUUUACUCUCAAUGGUAGCCAAUUAAUCUAGAACUUCCAGUGGAACUGGGAACUAAUUUGCUUUCUUGUGACGGUAUGAACAGAUGUCCUAUGAUGUAUUUAGUUUGCCGAGUUAGUGGUCAUGUGCAUAUUUAUAUGUAUGUGAGAUAAUAGUACAGAGUUUGAGAAAGGUCUUUAGAUUUAUAAAAUCCCAGAUGUACUGGACUCCAAAUUUUCAUAAUGCUGAAAAUGGAUCCCUUCACUCCAUUUCCCUCUUUUUUA